CUCUCUCUCCCUCUCUACCCUCUCCUCCUGAGUCCCACAGCCGAAUCCAGAGCUCCAUCGCCCGGGGAACGUUCGGGCUGUGUACCGAGCUCCCGCUGCAGUCAUGGCGGCGCCGUUAGCCCACUUCGACGAGGACUGGCAGGACUUCAAUGAAUUCAAGGCGUCCUCCGCCGAGUCCGCCGACCGCCUGGACCUGCUCAACUCCAAUGUGGGCGACCCGUCGUCGGGCCUGGACGAUUUCUCCGACCUGGACCGCAGCUUCUCCGGGGAGAUCUGCAGCUUCAAGUCGAUGGAGGACCUCGUCCACGACUUCGACGAGAAGCUGACAGUGUGUUUCCGGAACUACAACACGGCGACGGAGAACAUCGCUCCGAUCAAACCCAUCUCCGAGGACAACUACCUGAAAGACGACGAGGUGUGGAACGCUCUGACAGAUAACUAUGGCAACGUGAUGCCUGUAGACUGGAAGACAUCGCACACUCGCUCACUACACCUGCCCAUCCUCAACCUCACAGAUCAUGAGAAGUUGGAUAACCAGUCUCUUGAUCUGUCUGAUGAUGAGGAGCUGAGGGAGCAGAUGGAUAUGCACUCAAUCAUCGUCUCCUGCAUUAACGACGAGCCGCUCUUCACAGCUGAACAGGUGAUAGAGGAGAUAGAAGAGAUGAUGCAGGAGUCUCCAGACCCAGAGGACGAUGAGAGUCCCUCCCAGUCCGACCUGUCCAUGCUCUCUCAGGACCUCCACGCUCUGAAACGCUCCGGCUCCAACACCAGCUACGAGGACCGGCUGCGUCAGCUGUCUGUUUCUGAGCUGACUGAGACUCUGGAGGAAGUGGAAACAGCCAUUCGCCGCUACAGCGAGGAGCUGAUCCAGGCUCUGGCCCUGAGAGAUGAACUGGAAUAUGAAAAGGAGGUGAAGAACAGCUUCAUCUCGCUGCUGAUCGACGUGCAGAACAGACAGAAGGAGCACCGCGAGCUGCUGCGCAAGAAGAAGAAAAUCCGAAGUACGACUACGACCUCAUCCAACGGCCAGAGGACAACCAGCACGCACAUACCCGGCACGCUCCUUACUUUGGAGGGACUCUCCAAUGUCAUUCAAAAUGGUCUCCGUCAAACCUUUGGCAACACAGGAGGGGACAAACAGUACCUGACCACAGUUAUCCCUUAUGAGAAGAAUGCUGGCUCCCCGUCAGUAGAAGACCUCCAGAUCCUCACAAAGAUCCUCCAUGCCAUGAGGGAUGACAGUGAGAAGGUACCUGCUCUGCUUACAGACUACAUCCUCAAAGCUCUGGUAUGAGAGCAGUGGAAACUGAGUUCUUUGUCCCACGUAAAAGCCAAAGGCGAGGCCUCAUGUUUCCAGGACCUUCCACUGGACCAUCAGAAGAGGGUUGAUCUGGUAAUCUGGAAGAAUCUAGGCGAUGGAUUAAAAUCCAAACCUCCUUUGUGGUAUUUUUUUUUUCCUCUGCCACAUUGUUGUUCCUAAAAUUUUAACUCUAGAUAUAACUCCCUGCUUUGUAAAGUUAUUUUUAAUCCUUUAAUUUUUUCUACGACCUUCUAUUUCCUGACUGUAAGAUGACUUUGUCUAAUGAUGCCAGUAUUAGUCUGAACACCUCACUUCCUGAUUUGCCGGUGGCUCUUGAAUGAUGAAGGGUCAGGGAAACAUGUCAGUGUUCUGUUUUUUACUUUUUUGAUUCUGUGUGAGGGAACUGUUGUCCAGUUCAUUUUGUAUGUUUUAUUAAUUUGCAUCUGUCUAGUUCAGUCCUUGCACAGAAAACACAUACUGGUUGAAUCUCUGGAUGUUAAAAGAGCCAGCCAAGUCUCUAUUAAUUAUAAAUCCUGUUUUUCCUGCUUGGAAAACUUAAAGUAAGCCCUUUAAUUUAAAAAUCAUUGUAGCACCUACUGUGUUUGCAUGUCAGUUUUAAGUUGAUGCUGAAUAUUAGCUGUUAUUUUGAAUGUUCAAAGGAAAUAUUUUGUAUACUAUCAUUGCAGUUUUGGGAUCGUUUCACUUUUUAAAAAAAGGGAACAAAGUGAUUAGACUUAAAAAAAAAGGAAUUGCUGGAUGAACAAACAUGUAUAGAAUAUUUUUGGAUAAGUUUUUUUUAUGAGAUUAGGGACUUGCCAGUCGCUACUUUUGUGACCACGUCGCAACAUCGUUUUGUAAAUGCUGCCCGUUGACCUCUGAACCCUCGAGUAGUGACCCCAUCCCAAAUAUCAAUAUCACCUCCUGUGAGUCAUCAUCACACGAGUCUGCAGAUACCUCAUGUAUUGCAUUUUUUUGCAUCUGGUUGUAUCUUUGGAUGAAUAGUGUAGUUAAGGUUUUGUCAGAUAUGAUAAUUGUGUAGCUUCUAUAAUAAGUUAUGAGUUUUCUCUCUUAUCUGUUCUGUAAACUUUAGGGAUUAUGUAGUAGCACUUAAGUCACUGUAAGUGUUCUGGUUGUGUAGUGGUGGAAUAUGUGAUGAGCGUACUUUAGAGUGUGUCUCACUAAGUGUUAGACAAGGCUUAGGAACUUAGGCAAGUGGCACAGAAAACCUGUUCCACUGCAUUUUUGUCAUCAUGUAUCCCGUUCCAUCUACUUAUCAGUCAGCAUGCAAAUUAAGAGUCGUAAAAGGACACUCCACUAGUUUCCACACUUUCCAAACAAAAAUCAAAACAAGAGGAGCUUUGUCAAAGUCGAGACUUAAUGUUUUUCUUGGGCUUAAGAGUACAACAUUUACAACUAAGUACUGACUGAUUAAAACUUACGGCAUGGAGAUUCAAAAAUGCCAGUGUUAGAGUCUAACAAAAACAUGGCAUCAAGUUGCAUUGUGGUCAACGUAGUAUCCAUGUGAUGGGCUAAAAAUCAGGUAUCUCAUCCUCGGCCUCAUCAGUUUUAACCGCUUUGUUUUUAGUGCAUGUCUGUAAAACCAUGUAACACCAAAUCUAGUGUAAUCUUAGGUAUGCAAUCAGGUGAACCAGAGUCUGUCGGAUCAGGUCCAGUCGAGCUCUCCGAUACGAUUGUACAGGUUUAAAAUCUUGUUUAGAACUCUACUGACUACAAUCCCUGAGUCUGUGAUUCUGACAUUGUAACAUCUAAACUUCAACUUCUUGCACUUUUGUCUUUUUCACACUAAAUCUCAUCUAAAACACCCGGAGCAGAUGGAGGCGAUCAUGGUAGCCUCUUGACUAAAUCAGGGUAGCAUUACACAUGCUGCAUAUGUCACGUUUGUUUGAAACGGUUCUAAAAGCCCUCAGCAAUAGUAGUAGUAUUAGUAGUAGUAGUACUGUAGGUGUAGCCAGUAGUUUAAUGACACAUACGAUGGCCUCUCAGUAGCAUCUGCUUGUUGUAGCAGUAACAGUUAGUGGCAAUAACAUAAAGUUGUAACAAGAGGAAAAAAAGGGCAGAUGAGGAAGAAAAAGGGGCGAUAAAGAUAAACAUGCGGAUGUUGGGGAAGAUUGCACGAAGGGUUGACAUUUUCCUCGUGCUAUAUUUAACUAUUUAUAUGUACUGAUGCCAGCUUUGAAAACAUUCACUGCCUAGCAUGUGCUGCAUGCACUUUACUGCUGCGAACAGAUUCUUCAUCAUUUUUGUUUACAGAUAUUUUGAUAUCACAAGAAAAAGGAGGGUGCAUGUUGGAAGGUUUUAGGUUUUGAAAUAGGGAACGGAAAACUCGAGGGUGAUUCAUGAGCCUUUUUAAGAAAACAUCAAUCAGCUGAUCAUAAUCUGGGAAAUAAAAUUUCAGAGAAAAUUGUUUUGACACCAACUUUGUAAAUGAACUUUUUAUCUUCUAAUGAAAUGGCAGUCAACUUGGAGGUCACUGCAAUAUCUAAUCUCGGGCCUGAGCCGCUCUCCUAGCAGACAUAUCAGUGUAUCUACAAUUUAGAGAUUUAUAUUUAUAUAAAUGUACGACAGAACAAGCAACAGAAAAAAGGAGGCUGCCUUUGUAAAUGCCUGAAACCUUUUUGUACUAGUUCCUGUUUUUGUUUUUAAUGCAAUAUAAUUUCCCCGUUUCAUGUUUACUGUCUUGUGUGGUACUGCAGUAUAUUAAUUUAUUAUGUAAAUGUUAAUUUUGUAACUUUAUUGUUGACUGUAAUGGUACAAGUGUUUGUGACCACAUUGCAUUGCAUCUCAUUUCAAAUAAAUUGAUAUGUGAAGACUUGAA